AUGAAAUCUGAAGAAGACAAUACUUUUCUUGAUGAAAAUUAUAUUUUUGAAAAUAAUUUUUCUGAAAUUAUUGAUAAUGAUACUUCAGAUGAUAAUAGCUCUAAUCAAGAAAGAGAUGAAAUUAAUUCUAUUAAUGAAGAUAAUAUUAGUGAAAAUGAAACUAAUACAAGUCAAGCAAAUGAAGAAAAUGCAGAUAUAGAUACAGAUGAUAAAUCAACUUUUAGAUCUAUUGUUUAUCAACAUUUUACAUUAGAUAAAAAAAUUAAAAAAUAUAAAUGUAAUUAUUGCAA